AUGGUGAAGCAGAUCGAAAGCAAGGAAGAUUUUACGGCUUGCCUGAAUGGUGCUGGAGACAAACUUGUAGUGGUCGACUUCUCAGCCACAUGGUGUGUAAUAAGAUAUAUUGCCUAUCUCUCAGGAAGUGGUCUCUCAAUAGAUGGACAAGAGAGGUCAAUUGUCUGUGGUGCUUCUUCUAGACACAAACUUUUUGCCUGGGAUAUGCAAAAGAGGAAUCUUGCGUUCACUUUGGAUUCAAGUCGUACUAUCAAGGUGUGGGAUUGUUAUAGUGCAGAUGCACUGACUGCUAUUAGCAUGACUACAUAUGGCUCUUCCAUGGAAGCCUUUGUUACAGAAAGUGGUUCAUUCCUAAUGGUGGGUGACUCUGUAGGUGACAUCUAUACAUUUACAGUGCCUGAUUUAAGGCGUGUUUCUAGGGCUCAUGCAUUUCAAUAUAAUGUGGAACGUCUACUCUGCUCUCCUGACAAGAAGCUGAUCUUUGCAUCAGGAUGUGACGAAGCUAUCUUCCCAAAGGUAUUUGUCACAGAACAUUUACUGAAAAAAUCAGAAAAAGACCAUCUUAUGCCCUGCUCUAUCCCUGUUGCAUUGUGCUGGACAGCCUGCUGGGCUCCAAGGAAAGCAAACAGGAUAGCAAUGUCUAGAAGAAAUAUAGAUGAAAGGGUAACUCUGAUCACUUUUGACUUUACAACUAAGUUGGUUGAUGGCAAAACAUUAAUUGAAGAUCGUUAUGAAAUUCUUAGUUACCUUGCAUUCAAUGAUGGAGAAACAAUUGCCUUUGUGAGUGGUUGGUAUCUGUUCCUCUACACCAUUGAUGGCACCAUGUUACAGCGCCUUGCAAAUCAUCGGAGCAACAUUUGCUACUUAUGGUCGGACCCUGUCCAUGUCCUCACCACAGGCACGGAUGAUUUUCUGAAUUUGUACAUGUGGAAGGAGGAGGGCCGCUCUUCACGCCUCGUACACUGCUGUCGUCUGCAACAACAGCCAGGCGAUUGGACCCCGAGAUGGUAA